CGCCCCUCCGCUCCAGGCCCCGAGAUCAUGGUGGUGCUGAAGGGCGUCCCGGCGCUCCUGUCCCCUGAGCUGCUCUACGCCCUGGCACGGAUGGGGCACGGAGACGAGAUCGUUUUUGCAGACGUGAACUUCCCCACCUCCUCCAUAUGCAGGUGUGGCCCAGAGGAGAUCCGUGCUGACGGCCUGGGCAUCCCACUGCUCCUGGAGGCUGUUCUGAAGGUGCUGCCCCUGGACACCUACGUGGAGAGCCCGGCUGCUGUCAUGGAGCUGGUGCCCAGUGACAGGAGGACAGGCCUUCAGACUCCAGUGUGGAGGAGCUACCAGUCCAUCCUAUUUGAGGCUGGCUGCACGAGCACCCUGGCGAAGAUAGAGAGGUUUCAGUUUUAUGCGCGGGCCAAAAAGGCUUUUGCUGUUGUAGCAACUGGGGAGACGGCCCUCUAUGGAAACCUCAUCCUCAAGAAGGGGGUGCUGGCCCCUGAGGCACUGUUCUAGGCCUGGCGAAGACCACUGGGCCCAGAGAGGAAUCUGGAUCUCUGAGCCAGACAACGGACGAACCGGCCCUGCCCUGCUCAGCCCAGACUGCACCCAGCUGAGGACCCCAGGGGCCAGGCCAGUCCUGGGAGGUGGGGGGAGGGGCUGCUGACUGGGGCUGGGACUCAGCCAAUUUACGACAACGGUGUGAAGUGUGGUGACUCGUCAGUGUUCAGUCCAGGGGUUUCAACAACAGCCCCGUCCUCACAAAGACUUGUUUGGUGCCCAACACAAGGGAGGCCAUUGGCUCCUCAGAGCGCCUCCCCCUCCCCGCCACGCAUCCUCAGGUGGGAAGGAGGGCCUCCCUCCUGUUCCCUCUCUCCAGUGGUUGAGUGCCUGCUGAACACACAGGGCCUGAGCCGUCCUGGGAAACGGGGGUGAGGCGGGAAGAGGCAAGAGGACUGGCCGUGCCCAGCAGGCAAAGGGCCAGCCUGCCUGGAGGCAGCAUGUGGGAGGGGGGCUAUGGUGGCUUCUGGCACGAGGCUGGGGCGGGGGCUCAGGGUGCGCAGGGUGGGAGUAUCCUGCCACCACUGCUCUGGGCCCCAGGGUCUCCCCAAACCCUUGCCCUCCCCGCCAGGCCUCCCUCUAGCCACGUGGGUGCAGAAGCUGGUAUGAACGGGGGCUCCUGGGCCCUAGGUCCCUCGGUGCCUGGGGAAGGCUCCCCUGCUGGGGACCGGCGCUGGUGUCCCAGAUGCCAAGGAGAACCUGGAGGGCAGGCAGGCCCACUGGGCCGGAGGUCUGGGGCUCAGCCUAGGGAAGGGACCCUGCCUGGGCCCAGUCACUGCCAGGACUUAACCUCAGACCCCUGAUCCCACGGCCACUGCUAGCCACACAAAGGCCUUUCUUUAAACAGCUUUAUUGAGACUUAGCUGACAUACAAUCAACUGUACACAUUUAAAGUGGACAGUUAAAUGCCUUUGGAUGUUGUCUACACUGGAGAGCCUCUUGCCUCCUCCAGCGUCCCCUGCUCACGAGGCUCACACACCUCAAUGGCCCACUCCCAGAUCCUAGCGGCACUGCUGCUCCAGGAGCUCUCAGCCACAUGGCUGCACCCUUGGGUUGGAGGAAAUGCCCACGGGGAAUCCUGGCUCCAGGGAUGCCAGAGAGAGACUGGGCCACACACCACCCUGGGCUGUCCAGGGCCAUGGCCACCACUGACCUUGGAUCUGAGCUCGGCGCUGGGCCCCAAUUGCCCGUACCCAAAUUGCUCAGACGGGGGCGACCUGCAGGCCUACUAACCCUCACAUGUGCUGUGCAGGAUAGUCUGGGGCCUCCCUGUGCACUUGGCUCCUCUGGUCUGGGGCAAGAGCAAGUGCAAGGUGCACAGUGGUGAGGCUGGGACUCACCAUUACGGUCCUGCUGUCAGAGCAGGACCAUGAACGGGUCACUAUCCAGUCUGGGGUCCCUUCCUCAGUAACGUGGGGAUGACAGUGCCCCUACUUGGUGGUACGGUGCCAGGCGGUGAGCACGUGAGCCGUCAGACAGAGCAUCAGGGCGUUGGCCAGCAUUCAAGUCCUCAGAGGGUACCCACGGGAGGACACAGAACUCUAGGGCACGUGAGGUCACCCUGGACAAGCCCACUGUCCCCAGAGCAGCCGGAUGCAUCUGAAUCUGCCUGGUGCUUUAUUCUGUCUUAAGCACUGGAGUGGCUCAGGCUGGGGACUGAGAGGCACUCAAUGCUUCCCUCUUGAUGCAGGGACAUGAUCGCCACACACAACCCCAUUUGCAUUUGCACACACAGUCUGCACACAUUCAGUAUGUGAAAUAACUCCAGUGAGCUCAUGCCUGCAGCCUGAGUCCUGCACCGCCCCCCACCUGAGCACUGGUGCACCUGUCCACCUGAGCACCCACCAACGGGCAGCCUCCUGCCGUCUUUUUAGGGCCCAUCUGCGGGGAGCUGACUGGUCCCAACCACUGACCUCUGCCAUGCCCCUAGCCCCAUCCCAAUGUA